UCCGUUAAUGGCUUCCCGAGUACACCUCCUCCUCUCUCUAAUUAUCUUCUCCCUCUUCUCUCUCUCCUCUCCGCUCUCCUCCGAGACCAUAUCCGAUGCCGUCCAUAUCCUUGCCGACUCCGGCUACGUCUCCAUGUCCCUAACUCUUGAGGCCAUCUCCAAAAGUACUCUCCUCACGAACUCUACGUCUCUCACCAUAUUCGCUCCCUCCGACUCCGCCUUCAUUCACUCCGGCCAGCCAUCUCUCUCCCUCCUCCAAUACCACUUCUCUCCUCUCCUUUCGCCCCUCCAAACUUUCAGAUCACUUCCCAAUGCGGCCAAGAUCCCGACAUUGUUUGCGGGUCACUCGCUCACUGUCACCACGUCCCCUUCUGAUGAUGGAAUUUCGUUAAACAACGUCAAGGUUACCCGGUCUCCCAUAUUUAAUCGGGGAUUAUUGGUUAUCUUCGGAAUCGACGAGUUCUUUCACCCGGAUUUUGAGGUUUCGGUGCCGGUAAAAAGCCCAGAGCCCAAUCUUGGAUGUGGGUUCCCAACGGCAAAUGAUACAAUCAGUUUUUCAGGGGCUAGUUCGUUUGGCAAAGUGAGUGGGCUCUUGAGGUGCAGUGGGUACUCUGUAAUGGCUGAGUUUCUUAAUGGUAUCUGCUUUUUCUGGCUAAGUGAUAUCUUGAUGGCUUCUUGAGUAUGGGAAUUUCCUCAGUGCGGGAUCGAUGCUUGAUUACAAUUCUGUUCCCUUGCUCUGUUUAAGUGAUGUCAUUUGCUCUAACAAGUUAAACCCUUUGAAUGAGUUGAAACUUGGUAUCUGGCACUGUGAGAGAGGAAAGAACUUUUAUUGAUGACGAGAUUGAGACGAUAAAGAAGCAAAGUUAAGGACUUGUUAUCAUCAAGAUUCAAGGUUUGCUAUAAUUAUACUGGUCAACUUGCAGAAGCAUUCAAAGAAAGGCAUAUAUACUCGAAUUGUUGAAGUUUCGAAACCAGAAUUAGCAUUUCAGGCUGAUCUGCAACGCUAGCUUGUGGGGUUGCAUGCACUUCACAUCUUACUACUAUUGACUGGUGCUUUAUAAAGAAAUCAUGGAAAGUAUUUGUAGGCAUGCAAGCUCUACAUUUAAAGCAGUAUAAUUGUAGAUAUCUUUGAAGCUGUGAUACGAGAUAUAAUGUAACCUUCGGUGUUUCUUCAUCAUUGUUUUUGGCCUCAUGGUACUCAAACUUAACCAAGCAAACCAUGGGAAGUUAUGUGCAUUAUGAGUCGUCGAACUGCAUGCUGAGGAAUCGACAUGAACAAAAAAGUGAUUUUAAUUCUAUCUUUGUUGAUGGAAAUUGGUGGGUUAUUUUAUUCUUACAUAUCAAGCACUCUAUUCUACUAUUGUGCAGUUACCAUUC